UCGAUUGCUUCCUACACCACUAAAAUAUCUCUCUAUUAUUCUCGUUUUCAAUAUGCAGAUCUUCGUCAAAACCCUAACCGGUAAAACGAUUACGCUAGAGGUCGAGUCCUCCGACACAAUCGAUAACGUGAAAGCUAAAAUCCAAGACAAGGAAGGCAUUCCACCGGAUCAGCAGCGUUUGAUCUUCGCCGGUAAACAACUCGAAGACGGCAGAACUCUCGCCGAUUACAAUAUCCAGAAAGAAUCGACGCUCCACCUCGUCCUCCGCCUUCGCGGUGGCAUGCAAAUCUUCGUCAAAACCCUAACCGGUAAAACGAUUACGCUAGAGGUCGAGUCCUCUGACACCAUCGAUAACGUGAAAGCUAAGAUCCAGGACAAGGAAGGCAUUCCACCAGACCAGCAGCGCUUGAUCUUCGCCGGAAAACAGCUCGAAGACGGCAGAACCCUCGCCGAUUACAAUAUUCAGAAAGAAUCGACGCUUCAUCUGGUGCUUCGACUCCGCGGAGGGAUGCAGAUCUUCGUGAAGACGCUCACCGGGAAAACUAUUACUCUGGAGGUGGAGAGUUCUGAUACGAUCGAUAACGUGAAGGCGAAGAUUCAGGAUAAGGAAGGGAUUCCACCGGAUCAGCAGCGUCUUAUCUUCGCUGGGAAGCAGCUCGAAGACGGACGCACUCUCGCCGAUUACAAUAUUCAGAAGGAAUCCACGCUUCACCUUGUUCUUAGGCUCCGUGGUGGCGAUUUCUAGUUUCAGUUGAAUCUUGCUAUUGAGAUUUUCUCUUCCUUGAAUGUGUAUGAUAUAACAAAAUUUCUAUGUCUAUGUUGUCCUUAGGCUCCGUGGUGGCCUUCUCUAGUUUGGUUGAAUCUUAUUAAUCAUGUGCACUUCAAUUUGAAUGAAUUCCAAUAAUAGUUUCUUCGUUUUGUAAUAGCAAAUUGUUAUUUGUCUCUGACAGUAUCUUUUGCUGAUGAUAA